AUGCCGUCCUGUGUCUGCUACAAAGUUGAACACCUGUUCUCCAUCGUCUUUGGAGUUCUUUAUGCGAACAAAGACUCAGUCAUGGACUGGCGUCAGUAUUGGAACAAAUUCCAACGGCUCCUUUCCAAAGAGAACCCUUUGUGGAAGACAGAGGUCACUGCCAACAAGAUCCGAGACCUUGUUCAGCUGUUUAACAAUGCGCGGAUGAACUAUCUUGAGAAUCCAUCAGUCUCGAAGCUCCCAUGCUUGGCUGAUCGCCAGAACUGCCGAUUCCUCAAUUCAAUCGAUCGAUGCAUUGCGUUCAAGGCAGACAAGUUCUCUACUACUGACAUGCUGCAAUUUGAGGCGAAUGAUCGAUGGAUGAAUAGCUAUCGGGUUAGAAGAUAUCAACGUCAUCAGGAUGUCGGGCCCGUUCACCCAGCACCUGCCCCUCCGGCUCUGAUGGCUCCUACGAUUUCAAUGAUAAACCCAGAAGCUAUCAUUGCUUUGAUGGCCACAGGUCAAUCAAAGACAAAGACUUGGCACUAG